AUGGCGACUCCAGGCAUGGCCCCGCCCGUCCAAGGGCAUCGCCGCAACAGAUCUGCCGUACUGAGGUCGAUAAUCACUUCAUCCAGAGGCCACAGGCGCUCGCCUACCGAUAGCGGUCCGCUGAGCAGCAACACAAUUACCAGCCCGCCAUAUCUGGCUGCAUCCGGCUUCCACGCUCCGCUGCUCCCCCCAGACCACCCGCAUAGCCAAUUGCGCGCUGCAAACCAGACCGAGAACACCACCACUAGCCCACCAUCACCGCGCAAGUCGCAAUCGAGUCCCCGGAAGAGCCUGAACAAGAAGACGCUCAGUGCCGUGUCGCUGCGUUCGCUGGCAAAGAGGGAAGAUAAGCCCAGGGUUAACGACUCGUUCGAUUCCAGACGAUCAGAGGAGGAGGCGGUAGCCGAGAAGCCAAAGCGACCCAAGUCGUCCUCCAAUCUGGCCACAAUGUUUGGCAAGAGGAGGGACAAGUCGCCUGUCAAGGAAUCGAGGGACAAGGAAAACACCACACCGCCCCGUUCUUCCCACGCACAAGCACCGCCGCGCACUCCCAUCUGGGCCGAGUUCAGCUCGCAGCAGCAAGUCCCCACCCCAGCCACGAGUAAGAUGUCCAACGAAGAGCGACGGAGCAUCGAGGACGAGAUUGCCCUGUACACUCCGCGCGACUACUCUCCCACUAAGCAGCGCAACUUCUUCGAUUAUGGCCUCCCUGCCCUGCGACCUUCUGCAAAAGAGCGGCCCAAGUCCAUGGUUGUUCCUAAGACGAUUUCCACGGCCUCACUGCUCGAAACAUUUUCACGCAAGAAGAGCGGCGAGCGGGUCCCGCUUUCCGACACAAAGGGCAACGAGGGACGUGCCAGGGAAACAUCCCCCUCCAAGAACAACCCCACCAGACCAGGAUUCAGCCGAGCCAGUACAGAUAUUGGCACUAAGGAGUUCAGCAUGGAGCCCAUGGCGCCCCCUCCUGCUUCGCCGAAGAAGCAGAACAGAGUCAUGGCUGCUGUCGCUGCUUUCAACGGCAAGGCCAAGCAGACAGAUGGCACUCCGGCUCCUUACACCAAGCCCGAUCCAAAGGUGGUGGACGCCGAGUUUGAGGAGGUUCUUGAAUCCCGGAACAUCCCCACACAUCAGCGUGCUCAGAUGCGAACCCUGAAGCUUGAAGUCAAGGCCGACUUUGUUCGCAUGCACAAGCUCGACACGCCCCAAGUUCCUCGGCCCACAUCCAAGCCCUCAUCCAUUGGCGAGAACACAAAGUCUACCACACAAAAGUCCAUCAAGUCGCGACAAGGUUCGCCUGAAGGCGACGAGGAUGAGGAUGCACGAGCGGACAAGUCGGCCAACUCAACUAAGCGUGAGCGUCCAAGGAGCCGAACAUUCACAUUCAACCGAAAUGAUUCUCCCACAAAGAAGCAGAAGGGUGGCGAGCUGAACGACCGUAAGACGUCUUCUAAGCCAGUCCCUAUCGUAAAGUCUCCUUCGAUGAGGUCCAUGCGAUCCAACGCUUCCGACCGCUCAGUGUCCAACGGCAAAGCGGUCAAGGCUGACGAGUUCAUUGCCUAUUUGAAGAAGACCACGAAGCCGCAGGAUGUCGAGGUUGGCAAGCUGCACAAGCUCCGCCUUUUGAUCCGUAAUGAGACUGUCGAUUGGGUUGACAACUUCAUCCAAGAUGGAGGUAUGACUGAGCUGGUCGCCCUUCUGCACCGCAUCAUGGAGAUUGAGUGGCGCGAAGACCACGAAGACACCCUUCUUCACGAGCUGCUUCGGUGUCUCAAGGGACUUUGCACCACCGCUACCGCCCUCAAACAGCUCAAGGAGAUUUCGCCGACUCUGUACCCAGCUCUGUUAGCUAUGAUCUUCGAUGAGGAGCAUAAAGGCCCGAGCGAGUUUACUACACGUGAGCUUGUCAUCGAGAUUAUCUUUGCACACAUCUCCAUGGCGCCAGAGGGAGAACUUGAAUCGCGUGCUUCUGAGCUGAUGAAGUACCUCAAGGAUCCGGUCAAGGACAAGGAGAGUUCGACGGUUCCCUUUAUCCUUCAGAUGCACCAGCCGCGCCCAUACCAGGUUUGGUGCAAGGAGCUGUCUAACGUCACAAAGGAGGUCUUCUGGAUCUUUAUCCACCACCUCAACGUCAUUCCGGUUCCGCCCAAACCAACACAGGGAGCAUCGUACGCCAAGACGCACUUCCCCGGCCAACGAGCUAUCGUGCCAGCAGCACCCUACGUCGGCGGUGUCGAGUGGGAUGCCACAAACUAUCUCGCUACCCACGUUGAUCUCCUCAACGGUAUCAUGGCCUCAUUGCCGACCCGCUCAGCCCGCAACGAAUUCCGUCAGGAACUCAAGGUGUCAGGUUUCGAGAAGCUCAUGGGCCAUCUCCGCGCCUGCAAUCCCAAGUACUACGGCGCCGUACACGACAGUGUCAAGGUGUGGAUUGGCGCUGCGCUUGAGGAUGACUGGGACGUCAAGACUGUCCGCAUGGGCAGCAGUGACAAGGGCAGUGUGAGCCCAGCCAAGCAGAGCCCCAAAAAGAAGGUUGAGCCACCACCACAGCUUCAAUCCCCACCUCAGAUGGACAUGGGCUUGGGCCUUGGACUAGGUUUCGACAGAGAGAUUGCAAUCGGCCAACUGGGCAAGGUGGAUGACGACUGGAUUUGA